AUGAGAACCGGAGGGAUUGGAGCUAGUCUUACAGCUGCCAUUAACGAGAACUUUCAUGACUAUUUAGAUGCUCCGGUGAUGUAUUUGUCUUCUCAAGAUGUUCCUACACCUUACGCCGGUACACUGGAGGAAUGGACCGUGGUUCAACCAGCUCAGAUCGAGCAACUUUGCCAGUAA